AUGAAUCAUGAUGAAUGCACCACUACUACUACCACCGCUGCUUCUCAUCACCACACGAGGAGAGAAUCAAGAAUGAAAAGAGUGAUGGCACAUUUAUUUCCUUCUUUAAGAAAUUCAAGCAACAACCCAUCAUGCGAUCGUUAUGUGGUGGAUCACAAUCAUUCGAUUUCCCGAAAAUCUUUGGCACAGAUAUCAUCAUCAAAUAAUCAUCAUCAUUUCAAUCAUUGUGAUAAAACAUCAAGAGAAUCAUCAAAAAGCACAUGGUCCACUCUCUCUUCCGUUUUGAAAUAUUUAUUAAAUUCUCAUCUAUUAUUCCGAGCUUGCGAAAUUGAUAGUGAGAAACAUUUCAAGAUUCAAGAUGCCAAUGACAAGAAUACAAACACUCCCGAGGACACUAUUUCUAAAAUCCAUCAUCAUGAUUCCAUUAUUGGAAAUACAAACAAACUAUUUGUUCAUCAUUUUGCAGAUGAUGAGAAAAAAGGCUUAGUAACAGCAGCUGGAAGAACAAGCAGCAAUUCACCAAAGCACGCGAAUAAUACUGCCACUACAACCACGGCAACUCCAGUUGCGACAACCAGUCGUUCCGAUCCAACCUCUCAUCCCGGAAUUAUCAACAAGUUUAUUAGAAGUUUUCAAGGAAAUCCACCACUCUCAACCGACUCCAUUCAAGCAUUUAACAACAUUCUCUUUUUAGUCAACUCUAUUCCUCCCUCUGUGAACAGCGUUAGUAUUUUCGACAUUAUGUUAAGAAGCUCGAAAUUGGAUUCAGAUUUACUUCCCUUUUUAGCUCAAGUGAAAAUUCCAAAAAGUGCACUCGGUGGAACAGACUACAAAACAUUUAUUAGCACAUUAUCUCGAGUGCAAAUGUAUUUACCAAGUUGGUAUUACAAUUCAUUAGUUCUGGCAAAGGCUUUGGGAGAUUUUGACUCGAUUCUCUUGUACUGUGCUCAAAGAUUUGCGAGAGAAAUCAAAGUUCAAAAGGCCAUCACCGGUGCUCUCAUUUAUCCGGCAAUUAUGACCACCAUAGGUCUGUUAGGAAUUACCUUAUUAUUAACUCGAAUUUUACCUCAGAAUAUUGCAAUUUUUGAGAGUAUGGGUCUCACAGUGCCUGCAUUCUUACAAUGGACCAACUACCUGGUGCGAAGUGUUCAAUAUCAUUGGUUGGCACUUCUCUAUAUCAUUCCCUCUACCAUGUCAUCCGAAUACCUUCCUUUCAAAUCUUUUCUCAAGUGGCAAUACAUCAAAAUGCACACUCCUUUGGGUAAUUUGAAAUUUUUGCAAGAUAAGGCCACUCUCUUACAUACAUUGUCUCUUCUUGAUAAGGAGCAAAUUACUUCCAAAUUACUUAUUGUUUGUUCCAACAUUAGCUCAAAUCCAAUUCUGCAACACAUGGUCGAGAGUAUGGCAAGCUUGGCCAAGUAUGGAGCAGGUGCUGAUGAUGUCUUGGCCUACAUGUUAAAACAGAAACACAUUUUCUCACCUUACGAGAUUGCGUAUUUGCAAGCUUGCUUUAUGAGUGGCAAGCAUAGCAUUAUACAAGAUGGGUUGAAAUAUGCCUCUCAAAUGAUACUCAAACAAUAUACCCAGCAGCUGCAGACAUUAUUGAAAAUUUUAAACCCAGCCACUGUGGCCAUCAUUGGAGUAUUGGUGAUUGUGAUUGCUGUGCUUGGUAUUUAUCCAAUGAUUGCCUUAACAGGAGCGGUAACAGCAAACAAGUAG